AGAUUUAAAUCUUUUGUUUUGACGUUACGCAGAGGAAGAUGACAUGACCCCCUCAAAGACAUAUCAUCAGUAGGUGCUCACAUGUAAACACAGACUUGGUCUCCUCUUGCCACCAAUGUUUACCUCUGAAACUUUUCCAUCUCUCUACACGAAGACCCAUUUGGGCCUAUCAGGUCAUUAGAUCAGGUAAUCCACUUGUGGCUCUGUGCUUUGAUUAUGUGAUCACACCAAGGGACUAAAGACUAAAGCAGCUUCAGCCACAGUCCAGGAUGCAACACAGCAAAGGACUUUUUAAAUACUCACAUGAACUGAAAGCUGACACUCAAAUAACCUGGGAAGUGGUGACUGGAUAAAGAAGGCGACUGCGAACAGUCAUGGGAUGUGGCGUCACAAAGUCCAACCAUCUCCACAAACACACCACAUCCAGUGGAAGAGCUGUCACAACCAUAAGAGCUGCCAUCCUGAUUCAGCGAUGGUACCGUCAGUACGUCGCCCGCAGAGAGAUGAGGCGGAGAUACACCUGGCACAUCUUCCAGUCCAUCGAAUACUCCGGAGAGCAGGCCCAGAUCAAGCUUUAUAAUUUCCUCGGCUACCUCAUGGACAAUUUCACACCAUCGAGCAAUGAACGAAAUUUGAUCUCGCACAUCUUCAGGGAGAAUGAGGUCUGCCGGGAUGCAGAGUGGGAGAGGUACUUCUGCUACAAGAACAUCGAGGUGCCGGAGAUUUACUCGGGACCUCAUCUCACCUUUCCUCUGACGGUAGAGGAAGCAGUCGGUCUGGUGGAGGCUUUCAGGAAUAAGAAACAGUUGCACUCACGCUACGUCCUUCAGCUCCUCUUGGAGACGUGGAAACUGCUCCGCAUGUUGCCAAAUAUCAACCGUAUCUCCACCUGCCACAGCAAAGAAAUCACGAUUUGUGGUGAUUUGCACGGACAGCUGGAAGACCUGCUGCUGAUUUUCUAUAAGAACGGCAUGCCGUCCUUAGAGAAGCCCUAUGUGUUUAAUGGAGACUUUGUAGACAGAGGCAGGGACUCUAUUGAGAUCCUCCUCAUCUUGUUUGCAUUCCUGCUCGUUUACCCGAGUAAUGUCUACCUGAACAGAGGAAAUCACGAGGACCACAUAGUCAACCUCAGGUACGGCUUCACCAAGGAGGUGUUGAAUAAGUACAAGAUGCACGGGAAGAGGAUCCUGAAGCUGCUGCAGAAGAUUUUCAGCUGGUUGCCAUUAGCAACAGUGAUCGACCAGAAGGUGCUGGUCCUGCACGGAGGGAUCUCUGACUCCACGGACCUCGGUGUCCUCGCCAGAGCUGACAGACACAUUUACAUCUCGGCUCUGAGACCUCCGAAGAAGAGACACCACAGUUUGGCGGGAAUAUCCAUCGACUCGGACACAGAUGUGGACACCGCAGCCAUCAGCAGGGUCUUCCAGCGUCGGGCCUCUUUCACAUAUCCCAAACCCCUGGGAACCCGAGAUUGCUUCCAAAAUCGCUCGCUGCAGGACUUCUCGGAUCGGAUCAGAGUGAACAUGGAGAACCAGCUGGAGCUCAGCAGGAGGGAAGAGCCAACUCUGAACGCCCAGAUCAACAAACCAGAGCAAGAAUCUCUGUUUUUGUCCACCGACUCUGUCAGCAGUGACACCACCGUGGAUGAGUGGAAACAGAUCCUGGACCUGCUGUGGAGUGACCCGAUGACUCAGGAUGGAUGCAUACCCAACGAGGUGAGGGGUGGAGGCUGCUACUGGGGCCCUGAUGUCACCGAGGACUUCCUAAACAGACAUAAUCUGCAGCUCAUCAUUCGCUCCCAUGAGUGCAAACAGGAGGGCUAUGAGUUCUGCCACAACCGUAAGGUCCUCACUCUGUUCUCUGCCUCCAAUUACUAUGAUGUGGGGAGCAACAGGGGGGCUUACGUGAAGCUGGGCCCUGACCUUGUGCCUUAUUUGAUUCAAUAUCAGGCCAGCAGCAUGACCAGAGAGCUCACUGUGAGACAGAGUGUCGGGCGAACCGAGCGCUCAGCUCUCAGAGUCCUGCGGGAGCAGCUGUUUGCGCACAAGUCUGACCUCCUCUGUGCCUUCAGAAAGUUUGACAGCGAGAACACAGGUCUGGUUUCUCUGAACGACUGGGCCUCUGCAGUGGAGAGUGUGAUGCAUCUGGAUCUGCCCUGGAGGAUGCUUCGCUCUCAGCUGGUCACCUGCAAGAACAGCGAAGGCACGAUAGACUACUACGAGUGGUUCAACGAGCUUGCCAUCACAGGAUCCAAAACAGAUCAUAUUGACCAGAGUCUGCUGGAAACGCUGUAUCGCCACCGCUCCACUUUGGAGACAAUCUUCAGGAUUGUAGACACAGACAACUCAGGGUUCAUCAGCAUGCAGGACUUCCGUCAGACCUGGAAGCUGCUGAGCGUCUACCUGAAAAUGGAGAUCACCGACGAGGCCAUCUCCGACCUGGCCAUCACAAUUGACAGCAACCAUGACGGCAGCAUCGACAUUGACGAGUUCAUGGAGGCCUUCCGGCUCACGGACAAGAAGAGCCGGCUGGAACGAGGACGCAGCAUGUUCAUGGGCACGACCUCCGACCUCACCAAGCUGGAGGGAGAUCCCAACAUUUGAUGAAAAAGCGUGUUAAACAGAUAGCUCGGCGUCCAGCAGAGGGGAGGAGAGGGCGAUGCAGCCAACGCAAGCUGCUUUUAAUGACGCACAUAAAGAUGCAGGAUGAUGCUGAGCAACAGCCGCCUGGAUCACAGGGGAUUAGGAGGAGGUUAGAGGUCAGGGUGUUUGACAGCGAAUGCUCAUUUGAAGCGGAGGAAGUGUGGGCAAAAUGCAGCAGCUUGAGCAACUCACGUCUCCUUUAUAUUCUUAAAAUAGUUCAAAACUGAAAAACAAAAGGCAGAAAAUAACAUAGAAAAUAACAAUUUUAUAAAAUGCAAAAAUGGGUGAUUUUUGCAUUUUAUAUUCACUAAAUAUACUUUUAACAGCUUCAAAUGUGACUCAUGUCAACAUAAAAAGAUUCUCACACUCCAGAUGUGUUAAAAUGGACAAUGUAAUGAUCCUGCUCGGAUGAUUAACAGUUAAAACUGAGUCAAAGAGCAUUAUGAUGGGAAGGAGCACAGACACAAGAAUCCUUCAAAUAUAUGAAGAAAUGUGUUAAAUAUAUUAAAAGUGCUUGCCAAAGGUUUUUGGGAGGUAGCUUAUUGCCAUUAUUUUUAACAGCAUCUACAUAUUUUUUAUGAAUUUGUUGGAUGUGGUGAAGAGGUAUUUUAAGAAAAGGAGGAAGAUAGGGUAACACAUCUUAUGGAUGGAUGUUAUCUCAUGGUGGUGCCAGCUGAGAACGAGACAGAAUCUGGAUGGUAGGGAACAGUUACCAUAUGAUUGGGAAAGAACAGAGUCAAUAGAUGAGUCUUGGAGAGUAAAAAGGGGAAGGAGGAAGUGGAGAUCAAGUGUACUGGUACAAGUUAUUAAAGAACAAGAGAGCUGCAGUAACCACAGCGGGAUAAGGUUAUUGGAGACCAUGAAGAUGUGGGAAAGAAUUGACUGUGGGGUGACUGUCAGUGAUUUUUGCUUUGAGGGUGUUGAUGGAGUUGUAUAGAGGAGGUCAGAAGGAGUUGCAUCUAGGAGGAAUCCUGGAGAAAUGUUUUUAAAUAUCUGCAACUUACUGGUGCCUUAGCAGUAGGAGCACUUGAAGUAAAGUGUAGUGUGGACUGAUAAUGUUUUCUGUGGGAUUGCUCCUCCUGUCGGGCAGCAAAUGAGCCCUCAACCUGUCCAGAAUGGAGAACUCAUGAUUUUAUUCAUUUGACUUAUAGGAUGUAUAUCUACCUCCAGUUUCUGAAGUUUAAAGGUGUAGUCUGAGAAUUUGGGAGAUAUGCUUAUUAUGUUAUCUCAGCUGAGCAUAAAGACAGGAAAUGGAAAGAAACAGCUCGCCUGCUCUCUCUAAAAGGAAACCAAAGUCACCUAAAUUCACCCUAAAAACACACUGUGUAAUGCCAAAGCUGAGUUUGGUCAUAAUUUUGUACGUUAUGACAUCAUCGCUACAUGGUCGCAGAAUAACCAGUUACUAAGACUACUAACAUGUUAAAUUCAAAGUAGUGUAAUGUUACUUUAUCAAAUGUAACAUUUUUACAUUGUAAGUGUAACAUAUACACAACAUUGUUUUGUAACACUGCGGUGACUCAGUGUGGCUUAGAAAUAAGUAACUUGAUAUUUCAGCAGAUGUAAGAUGAUAUCUGUGUGGGUGAUAUCUUCUGAAGAUCAGUAACGCAUUUGUUUCUUUUAUACACUGUAAAAGAUAAACAUUUCUAGGCCUGUUGCAGAUGGGAGUAAUUUAUUUCAUCGAUGAGAUUAAAAGUAAGAAAUGCGGCACUCGGUGAAUCCUGAAAUGAAUCCUGAAUUACAGGAAAAUUCUACAACAGCAAAUAUGGCGUCAGAAACUUAACUUCCAGGGAGGAAAAAGCUUUUUAAGGAAAGCUUUUUAAGCUGUUUUAAUCAGAUUGGACUGCUGAUUGUAUACAUGUAGUUUUUAAUCCUGCCACUACCAUUAAAAUUGAAGCUCAUUUAAAUUUUGCAUUGCAAUAACUGCAUAAACAGGUGCCCAGAGGCAUUUCAAGACAACUGUUGAGCCCUGAGAGAGCAUACAGAGCAGCUGUUUUCAAUCUUUAUGGUAAGCUGAGCUAAGCAUCUAAAUCAUUUAAAUGAUUGAUCAUUUUAACAGUAAAUUCAACAUUUUGCAGGAUGAAGGCGUGAUGUAUUUUUUAGUUAAAUCUGUUGUUCCACAUUUCUGAGUAUUAUCUAUUGCAACAAAAAGAGUCAGUGAGUCAGUAUGAAUGUGAAUUUUACUGUCUUUUCUUCUAGUAUGUUGACCAUGUUAAACCUUUCCUGUAAAUAAAAAAGUGUGUCAUGUCUUA